CCGCGGGGGCGCGCGCGCUCCGGGCACUUCCGGGGUCACGCGCCCGCCGCGCCCGCUCCCAUUGGCCGAGACGCACGGAGAGGGGGGCGUGGCUUAAACGCCGCCAGCACCACCCAAUGGCGCGCGUCGGUUCGGCCGGAAAGCUCCGCGAUUGGCUGAGUCCCCGCAGAGCGCGGAGGAGGGAAGCGGAACCAAUCAGCGAGAGGGGCGGGAAAGUGGCAGCCAAUCAGCGCAGAGCGCGGGAAGAAUGGCGGCGGCCGAGGCGGCGGCGGCGGCGACCCUGGAGCGGCUGGAGGCUCUCUCGUGCCCCCCGGUUUUGGGGGGCCCCCCCCGCGCCCCCCCCGCGGCGCUGGAGCUGCUCUGCCGCCCCUCCCCCCCCCGGCGGGCCCUGCUGCGCUGGGCCUGCACCCGGGUUUAUCCCCCCCUCAGCGCCGAGCUGGAGUCACUCCCUGAGGAGGAUGAAAUGAGGGCGCUGGCCAGGCUGGGAGCGCAGCUGAUGCUCUGCAGGGCCGACGACCUCGCCCUGGUGGAGGGCACAGCCCCCCCCGAGCAGCAGCUCCAGUUCCUCCAGGACCUUCUGGACGCCGUCCCCCCCCUUGAGACCCCCCCCAAAACCAGGUCUGGACCCCCCCACACACCCCCCUGA